ACUGAAUUCCAUAAAAUGUCUUAUAAAUAUGUGAUUUAUUCUUAUAAAAAUUUGUGCAAAACAAAAAUUGCCAAAAAUGAAGUUAUAAAUAUGAUUUAGGUUAAUAAUAGUUAUUUUAAAUUGAUAUCGGUGAUCAAGUUUGUGGAAUUUGUGCCCGUGUAGUUCGGAUUCAAUUGUGCAAGUACAAGUUUGACAUUAGCUGUCACAGUGUAUAUUAAAAGCAAGAUGCCAGGAUUAAUAGCAAUUUCUGAAUUCGUCGAUGAAACUAGGGAGGAUUAUAAUUCUCCCACGACAUCUACUUUUGUGGCUCGUAUGCCUCAAUGUAGACAAACAUUAGUGACAAUGGACGAGAUUCUUGAGUAUGACCGCGAAGGCUUAGCGAAAAUGAAGAAAGCUGUUAAAGCUAUACAUAACUCUGGAAACUCGCACGUUGACAACGAAAUGUAUCUAUCACACACACUGGAACGUCUGGCCGGAAACGCUAUGAAUAAAGAUCCGGAACCGGAUAUUGGAGCAGCUUUUUUCAAAUUUGCUGUAGUCACCAAAGAAUUGUCCCAACUGAUGAAAACACUGAUGCAAAAGGUGAAUACAAUUGUCAUGCAACCUGUAGAAGCUUUACUUAAGGGUGAAUUACGUGGAACUGGUGAGUUAAGGCGGCCUUGUGAUAAGGCUCUUAAAGACUAUGAUCUUCGUUAUGGAAAACUGGAAAAAGAAAAACGAGCCGCUGCCAGAGAAGCAGGUCUAAUCAGGCAAGAAGUAGGAAGCGCCGAAGUUGCAGACGAAACAGAAAAAGAGCGCAGACUUUUUCAAUUGCAAAUGUGUGAGUAUCUUAUAAAAUUCAACGAAAUAAAAACGAAAAAGAGCAUUGAACUAUUGCAGCAUCUAGUAGAGUACUACCAUGCGCAAACCAAUUAUUUUCAAGAUGGCUUAAAGACAAUAGAACAUUUCGGAAGUUACAUAUCUGAUUUGAGUGGGAAUUUGCAGAGAAUUAGGCAAAAACAGGACGAAGAGAGACGAAGGCUUUUGGAGUUGAGAGCAUUACUAAAAAGUGCUCCGGGAUUAGAUAGAGAGAAAGAAGAACGUGGUUUAUAUUCACUACAUCAAUUACAAGGAGAUAAAAAUCUUGGAUGGACAAAGUCCGGUCAUUUACUCAAAAAGUCUGAGGGAAAGGUUCGAAGAGUAUGGCAAAAGCGAAGGUGUCUUGUACAGGCAGACGGUCUUUUAGAUAUAUUUCACGCGUCGGAAUCUAAACCACCUACUAGAGUUAAUCUACUCACAUGCCAAAUAAAACCAGUUCCAGAUGAUAAACGAAGCUUUGAUUUGAUUUCAUAUAACCGAACAUACCAUUUUCAAGCGGAAGAUGAACAGGAUCGAAACGCCUGGCUUUCUGUUUUAGUUAAUUGCAAAGAAAUGGCUCUGUCAAGAGCGUUCCAGGAGCCUCAAAGCGCUGGAAAUCCCUCUCUGGUCGAAUUGCAGCAAACUAUCAUUAGAUAUGUGCAGAGACUUCCGGGGAAUGAUAGAUGUUGUGACUGUAACUCUACAAAUGAUCCCACUUGGCUUUCAACCAAUUUUGGUAUAAUAGUCUGUAUAGAGUGUUCUGGAGUACAUAGAGAUCUUGGCGUACAUAUAAGUCGUAUUCAAUCACUUACUCUCGAUAAUUUGGGCACUAGUCAGCUUAUAUUGGCCAGAUUCAUGAGCAAUCAAGCACUUAAUGAUAUUUUAGAGGCUACGUUAUCUCUAUCACAUAAACCAAAUGCUUCCAGUACUAUGGAAGAGCGGUAUAAUUUUAUAAGGGCCAAAUAUCUUAGUAGGCGUUGGGUUGUGCGAACUUGUUGCGAUGAUAUUGAUAAAGCUAAUGAGUUGGAGCAUUCAAUAAACAACUGUGAUCUUGGACAACUCUUACAAGCCUGGGCCGAAGGAGCCGACUUAGGCGCACCACUGCCUUGUUCGGACGAUAGUCAGUCUUCUUGUACAGCUCUACACUUGGCAGUCGUGCGUAGCGAGAACGAUUCGCGAUCAUUACCUCUCGUUGAUUUUCUCGUUCAGAACAUGCCAGCCAAUGGUUUGGAUCGGACUUGUGGUCAAGAUAAUAUGACGGCACUGCAUUUAUGUGCAUUACACGAUCGACCAGAAUGUAUCAAAUUAUUAUUAAGAUCAGGAGCUGACGCUACAUUAAAAGAUUCCAAAGGUAGAACUUCCGCCGAUGUAGCCAAUGAGAUGGGCCAUCAUGUCUGUAAGGAAUUGUUAGAGCACGCGUCACAGCGAUAUAAAGGUCUUUUUGAUAAUGUGAAUAUAGAUUGGAAUCUUUCACAUGACGAUGGUUCUACAGACUUUUCUGAUGACGAUACAAUAAUUGAUGAAAGGAAUGGUUCAGUAACACCAGAGAAACGGUCCAGAUCGAGGCCUGGAAGUUAUGCAGGUGGCGAUUCUCCGGUAUUAAGAUCAAGAUCAUCUACUUGUGAUUCGCUACAAGGUGGCUGUAGCCCUGGAUCACAAUCUAGAAAUUCGGUACCGAUACCAGUACCACAAGCAAGAAAGUCUGUUGGCGCUACAAUGCAUUCACCGCCCCGUCAUCUUUCAUCUUCUGCAAUGUCAAUCAGUAGCAAUUUGAAAAAGCGAACGGCUCCAUUGCCUCCCCAAGGUACUGCCAAUUCAUCUGCCAGUUGUGUGACAACGUCUGUUGUCAAUAUUUAUGGAACUUUGCCACAUGGAACUCAGUACCAAAAUCACCAUGUUCAGCAACAGCAAAAUCAACCAUCACAAACAGGUGGUCAGAUCGCUGGUUACCAUACUAUUGCUGGUCAUAGGAGGACGCCGUCCGCCGAUGCUAGUUCUAGAGGAGCUAUGCUAGCUGGAGCCAAGCAGGUUCUGCCAAUUGAUGUACCCAUCGGUCUUCUAAAAGGUUUAGAUAAAUCCCAAUCCCAAUCUAGUAGCGUUUUAAGGCCGAGAAUGCCACCGCCGCCUACACCACAUGGCUCUAGUGAUACAAGAUCUUUAUCAAAUGGAAGAUCCACAGAAAGUAUAUCAUCUAUGUGCAGUGAACCUGCAAUGAAAAAGGCUUCUGAAAAAUGUGAUACUAACAGUUCGGGUGCGAGUCACUCCCCAUCUGCUACCGAGAAUAAAUUUGAUACGAGUUCCAUAAGUCCUAAUAGCACUGGCGCUAGCCUUAACCUUUCAGGCUUACUCAAUGAUUCUGGUCUAUCUGAUAAUUUAGGUCUAAGACAAAUGGAUAUGUCCAGAAGUAGUGAUGGUUCACCGGGGCAUCAAGGGUCUCCACCUAAAAAGCGCUGUCGGGCCCUAUAUGAUUGUCAAGCGGACAAUGAGGAUGAACUAUCAUUUCGAGAAGGAGAAAUAAUAAUUGUUUUAAGAGAUUGUACUGAAGACGACAACUGGGCGGAGGGUCACAUAGAGCAUCAUCCCCACAGACGGGGCAUGUUUCCAAUAUCAUUUGUACGGGCGUUGCCUGAAUAGUGAGAACUACAUGUUGGUGAUGAUGCAAAAAUAUGAUUGUAUUACGCUGGAAAAGUAAUUGCAAUUUUCUGUUAUCUAUCUUUCAUCGUUUUGUCAGACUUUAAAG